AUGAGUCGAACAUUGAUCCGGUGUAUUCGCCAGUAUUCCCAACUACAGCCAGAUAGGUUCAACGCACUCAUAUCGCAAGGCCUAAUUGAGCCCAUCGAGGCCGCCGAGUCCAGGUUGCAGCCACUUGGCAACCUCACGUAUGCUUGCAAGGACAACAUCGUAACCAAGAACAGCGACACGACAGACACGGCGGCGUCGCACGCGCUCUACAACUACAAGUCGCCCUUCGAGGCCACCGUCGUCAAACUUCUCGCGCAAGCGGGCGCCACCUGCAUCGGCAAGGCCAACCUCGAUGAGUUUGGCAUGGGGUCUGCUAACCGCAACUCGUAUUUUGGACCAGUGCGGAAUCCAUUUGCCCCUGGGACCGUGCCUGGUGGAUCGCUGGGUGGGUCGGGUGCUGCCGUGGCCAUACCGAAAGAUGAUGGUGAUGUUAGUGGUGGUGGUGGUGGUGGUGGUAGCGGCUCAGCGAUUUGCGACUUUGCGUUGGGGACGGACACGGGUGGAUCUGUGCGGCUACCCGGGGCAUAUUGCAACGUGUUUGGGUUCAAGCCCACGUACGGGCGUGUGUCACGAUGGGGGGUGAUUGCAUAUGCGCAGACGCUCGAUACUGUAGGUGUACUUGCGCGCGACGUCAACACGGUGCGCAAAGUGUUUGAUGUUCUCGAUUUGCACGAUGCUAAAGAUCCCACGUCGUUACCUGAUGACGUACGGCACACGAUAGAGAUGGAGAUGGAGACUACGACGCAAAGGGGAAAGAGAGAAAAGCUCGUGAUUGGCGUGCCCUUGCAGUUUAUCAUCAAGGGUUUAACUCCGCAAGUGAGGCAAGUCUGGGAAGACGUGUUGAACAGGUUCGUGGAGAUGGGGCAUGAGAUCAAGACAGUCUCGAUCGCUUCCAUCUGCAAGAGUUUGCCCGCGUAUUACACCCUAGCUACAUCUGAAGCAGCGUCGAACUUGGCCCGCUUCGAUGGAACUCGCUACGGGUACACGGCGCGCACGCCCAAUGCCAAUGACCAUCCCAUGGAAUUGAUCUUUGAGAACCGGACAAAAUCCUUAGGUGACGAAGUUCAAAAACGGAUAAUCUUGGGCAAUUACACGCUCAGCUCGGACUCGGCUGCCUACUACAUGAAGGCUAAUCAAGUGCGGGAAAAGCUCACGCGAGAAUUGUCGUCUUUCUUUCGCAAUGAACAUCCGCUUUUGAAAGACGGCGACCUGAAACAAAGCGACGAAAAGCUCUGUGAUUUGUUAAUUGCGCCAACGGCCAUGAGCGCGCCUCCCACGGUUGAGGAGUACGAGAGUCUGGAUAAGGAAAACAUCUUGAGCGGGUACAUCAACGAUGUGUUUACCGUGCCGGCGUCGCUUGCCGGUCUUCCUACAAUCUCGGUUCCGUUCAACGGCGUGGGUAUCCAGUUAAUGGGACAAUUUGGUGACGACCGAUUCGUACUCGACGCAGCCGAAAUGAUCAAGAACUAG